GUCAGCACUGAAAUCUGAUUGGAUGAGAGCUUUGUAGCGUUUUGAAAUCGUUGUUGUUGAGCUGUCUGUUAAAACCCGGUGCAAGAAGACGCGAGACAGCGAGGAGCUGAACAAGGCGUCUGAAGAAAUGAGGACGACUGAGUUUGACUCUUCCUCUGAUGAUGAGGAGGAGGUGGAAGAGGGUCAGCUGGCUCCCCUCCACAUUAGCUGGUUACCUCUGUCCAUAGUCGAGUGCUCACAGUACCUUGGAAUAUGCGCUCUACCAGGUUGCAAAUUUAAAGAUGUCCGCAGGUCCCUGCAGAGAGAUGUCGGUGAGCUGAAGAACCAGGGCGUGCAGGAUCUGUUUGUUUUCUGCACCAGAGGAGAGCUAAGCCGGUACAGAGUCCCCUCCCUCCUGGAGGUGUACGAGCAGCACGGCUUCACCGUGCACCACGCGCCGUUCCCCGACGGAGACGUUCCCGAGCUGGAGCAGUGCUGCCAGAUCCUGGCCGAGCUGCAGGUCUGCCUUGAGAGGAACAGGAGGACGGUGCUGCACUGCUACGGAGGUCUGGGACGAUCCGCUUUAAUCGCCGCCUGCUUGCUGCUCCAGCUCUCGUCGACCAUGACCGCCCACGAAGCCAUCGAGAUCCUCCGAGAGCACCGAGGAGGAGGAGCCAUCCAAACAGUGAAGCAAUACAACUUUCUUCACGAGUUUCGGGAGAAGUACAGCGUGUUCAAGGAGAGAAGAGAGGCUUCGACAGAGCGAUCGGUGUCCCGGUGAUUCUGGUUUAGCUCUUUGAACCGUGGAUCAUUUGCAUUCGCAUGUAAUUAACUCUCCAAGAGCUGCACUUUGAAAGAAUAAUAUAUUGCUUCUUUUAAGCUUUUAAGUAAGCCAGGAGGUUUGAUGAUCUGGAUAUUUGUUUUUGGGUAACAUGUAGCGUAGAUCCACCGGGAAGUUUCCUCUCAAAAGGAAUGUGAGCCUUGAAGAUAAACAAAAACGUUUUGUGUGCUGUGACUGAACCUUAAACGUGAGGCUAUGAUUUGGCCAAAUUGGUUCAUAUUUAAAGUAAAAAAGAUAUAAUAUCCAUACACAGUUGUUACAUAUUCAUGAGUCAGUUUUAUUUUUAAAAAGGAUCUCACAUAUACACUAUUGCCAACAUUGGAUCUGUUUAAUCUUCAUAUUUUAAAUUGUUGGCUAGUUGACCUUCUAAAAGCAACGAUUUAACAGGUAAACCCUACUUAAGUUUCAUGUCCGUUAAAGUGGCACCAAUCAAUCCAGCACACAAGGAAAAAGGUUUGUAAGAAAAAUUUAGGAUGGCAAAAACAAAUAUAUAUAUAAAAAUCUUUGCAGUUAGUCAAGAUUUCAGAGUGGAGGUUAUAUUUAGAUUGAAUUGUUUUUCCUAAAGGUGACCUGAUAACCAUGUCACCAUACCCUGUACAAAAACAAGAAAAUAAAUAUUUCUAUACCAAUGA